AACAGAUCCAUUUUUCUCUCCGCAAUCUCUCCACGAUGGCUCUGCCCCUGCAUUUGACGCGCAGAUUUACCGGUGCUGCUGCUGCUCGUGCUUCUAUCUACCAGUCCUCGGCAUGGUCUGGCACACCCAUGGGCCUCUCCAGAGGUAGCAGCCCCUACACCUUCCUGCGCAACUCUAUAGGAAUAUCUAAUCCAGUAAUCCGUCAAUCCUCAUCCUCACCCUCUCCAUCUGUUUUCCGCUUCCCUCAAAAACCAGACUCAAACACCCCUCGACCACAAGAAGAACACAACCAUCAAGAACUAGAAGGGGAAGAAGAAGAACAACCACACGCAUACUACAGUCCGCACCAACCAAAACGACAAUGGCCCCCAGACAUGUCUAAGCUCUCCCCAAAACACCAAUUCCGUCUGGAACGGAAGUACCGUCGCCGUGCGGCUCUGAAAUACGCCCGGCCAAAAUGGACAAAGGCUACAAAGAUCCUGCAAUGGGGUAUUAUUGGCUUUAUAAUUGUGUACGCCGUCCUCUUCAUGGAGUGGGAUGAACGGGGGAAUCCCUUCGAGGAUUUCCGGAAGAGUUUCUUCGCUGCUUUCAGAGGCCUCUUUUCUGCGCCCCCACCUCCGAGUUCCAUGCGGAGGAACGAUGAUAGUUCUUCAGGCUAGACAGCUUCUGAUC